ACUUGACAAGCUUGUGCAAAGAGACAACCGGGAGAAGGUCGACAAAUCGAGCCUAUCCACGGAUUUUUCAGGGCGAGGCGACGGUUGAGGACCGCAGUGGACAUAGUUUGGCUGCAGAUCCAAGAAGAACCAGUUUGCUUUUCACUGCAGACUCAUGACAAUGGAAAUGAAAGGCGAACAGCAGGACGAAGAUAUUUCAUUCAGCAACUCUGACACUAAUGGUAAACGUCCCGCUGAGGAUAUGGACGAGGAGCAGGCCUUCAAACGUUCACGCAACAUUGACGAGAUGGUGGAGCUGCGUGUUCUGCUACAGAGCAAAAAUGCAGGAGCUGUUAUUGGAAAGGGUGGCAAGAACAUAAAAGCACUUCGCACAGACUACAAUGCCAGUGUUUCAGUCCCAGACAGCAGUGGCCCAGAGCGGAUCCUGAGUGUGAGUGCCAGUAUCGAUACUAUCGGAGAGAUUCUACUGAAAAUCAUACCAACAUUAGAGGAGUAUCAACAUUACAGUGGGAUUGAUUUUGACUGCGAGCUUCGCCUGCUGAUCCAUCAGAGCUUGGCUGGUGGCAUUAUUGGAGUGAAAGGUGCCAAGAUAAAGGAGCUAAGAGAGAACACUCAGACCACCAUCAAGUUGUUCCAAGAGUGCUGUCCACACUCCACAGACAGGGUCGUCUUAGUGGGAGGAAAACCAGAACGUGUGGUUGAAUGCAUAAAAGUGAUCCUGGAGCUAGUAUCCGAGGCACCGAUUAAAGGUCGUACUCAGCCUUAUGACCCUAACUUCUAUGAUGAGACAUAUGACUAUGGUGGCUUUACCAUGUUAUUUGAGGAUAGGGGCCGGCGACCCAUGGGUGGAUUUCCCAUCCGUGUACGUGGCAGUUUUGAUCGCCUGCCCCCUUUACGUGGCAGCAGACCUUUGCCUCCCACCAGAAGGGACUAUGAUGACAUGAGCCCUCGCCGAGGUCCUCCACCGCCACUUGGCAGAGGAGGAAGAGGAGGGAGUCGAGCACGUAACCUGCCUCUUCCCCCACCACCGCCGCCAAGAGGAGGUGGAGACAGGUUUUCACAUGGCAGCUAUCAUGGCAGCAUGGAUGACAGACCAAGUGAAAGACGAAGCAGAGGAGACCGCUAUGACAGCAUGAGUGGAGGUGGAUAUGACAACAAUUCUUCUUGGGAUCGCUUUCCAUCUGGCGGCAGAGGGUCGUACGGUGACAUCGGAGGCCCAGUCAUCACAACUCAAGUCACCAUCCCAAAAGAUCUGGCGGGCUCCAUCAUCGGGAAGGGCGGCCAGAGAAUCAAACAGAUCCGCCACGAGUCAGGGGCAUCCAUCAAGAUUGAUGAACCACUAGAGGGCUCUGAGGACCGCAUCAUCACCAUCACGGGGACACAGGACCAGAUCCAGAAUGCCCAGUACUUACUGCAGAACAGUGUGAGGCAGUACUCCGGUCGGUUCUUCUAGAGGGAGAGAGAGAGAGUGAAGCCAUGCUGCCAUAUUGUUUGCUCACUCUAUUCAGAGCCAACAUUCCUCUGCUUUGGGUAGAAGUGUCCCUUCCCUUUAACCGUCUCCAACUACAACAACCGUUGUGUACGGCAGGUUUUAUUUAGAAGCCUGAAAAAUCCAUAAUUCAGUGCUGGUGUGUAUUUUUUAUUAAUUUUUGUAUUUUAUCUCCUGCUGUAUGGCUCAUCUGUGUGAUUAGGUUUGUUGUUGUUGAACCGGCCCUAGGCCUUAUCUUCCGUGUUUCAGUACAGCCAGCAGAAUGUACUUUUCAUUCUGUUCUUGUUGUUUGAAAGACAUUUUUGUUGUCACCUUUGAAUUUUAAGAGCAUUUUUUCAAACAAACAUGAAUAGUUCUUAAAUGGUUGGAAAAUAUUAGAAAACAAAUAUUAGAAUAAAGUGAAAUACCUUUUUAUUUCACAGUUUUCAUCACUCAUCUCCAUAUGUAAAAAGUGUUUUUUUUUUUUUUUUUAUGGUCUUUUAUAUUGAGGGACAUGGGGAGAACAUUUAUUUUGGAGCAGAGGGAAAUCAUUUGUAAUCUCAAUGGUUAAGAGUGUGUGGGGCCUUUCUUAUGUGUAAGCACCGAUGUAAGACUCUGAGUUAGUUGUUGACAUAAGCUAGACAGUUUGUUAUACUCCCCACCACUCCCACAUACUAGGCGUGGGCUGGUAUGCGAUUCUUAAUGAUAAGGUUUAAAAAGAAUAUAUGUGAUCUGAUCUAAUUUAACAGCUUUUAUUUAAAACAGAAGAGCAUUUUCUGCUAAAAUACACUGACUAUCACAAUUGUUUUCACAGACAUUUUAAUAAACAUGAGCAUAAUAUUUUAAAACUUACCUCUAGAUUUUGUAAUUUUGACUGUUUAUUGCUACCUGAAAUAUUUCUAUCCAGCCGAAUUUUGUCUUUCUUGUAAGCAAGGGUAAAGUGCAGUAGCCUUCUGUCAGCCAGCUUACCGGAAGUGUGCAACAACAGGUGGGGGAGGGGUCGCGCUCCAUGCAGUCAGAUAAAUCUCCAGUCAAACAUGGUACCAGUUACCAGCCAGGCCUAAUGAAACAAAUGUGAAAAUGACUUGAUAUGCGAUUGGUCUGUUGCUGGGAAGGUUAACACUGUUGCUGCCUUUACUUUUUUAGCACAACAGUUCAGUCCAAUAUUUUUCGUAAUGACGAAUUUUCCAAACAUGUCUUUUUGUCUGAAGGCGACAUAAAUGUGCAAAUGUUUAAGGCAAAAAAGGAAAGAAAAACAAUUUUGUAAAUUUACUUUUAUUUGAAAGACAACUCUACAGUAUAUAUUAGGUUAAAACCUGGAGUUUUAUGACUUUUCAUUUGAUUCCAACUGUGUGAUACUUUCUUUUAAAAGUGCCAAAAACAAAGAUUUACUAAUUUUCCUGUUUUUUAUGGUGGCCCUAUUGUGCCAAACAUGAAAACAUAACCAGAUGUACCUUUAAAUCGUAUUAAUGCUAUUGAAACCACGGUGUUUUAAAAUAUAAGAGAAUAUUAUUUAAAAAAAAAAAAAAAAAAGUUGAAGAACGUAACUGUGGAAAAUAACUACAAUUAAAAGAGGGCAUGCUUGUGUAGGAGCCUGGCUAUUUUGCUUGUUUUCCAUUUUGUACCCUUGCAUUUUUGGUCGUUUUGUACCAGAAUUUCAGGCAUGAACUGCUUGAAAUUUCAUACCAACCUUGCAUCAUUUCAUACACGGUUUGGCCACUGAAGAUUUCUAUAACGCUGUCUGUUUACUUUAAGUAAAUGUGGUUUUAUGUCUGCAGUCAAUAAGAUGUACCAGCAGAAGGUCAUGGAGUAAUUCUAGUUUGAUCAGGGAUUAGAAUCUGUCAUACUUAAUUGGAGUCCACUGGGGUCAGAACCAAAAUGGGAUGUAAAAUAAAAUAACGUGCAAAUUAUAAGUGCGAUUUGAUUAUUUUCAAGACUAUCUCUGUAAUUUACAAACUCAAACACAGGGCUUCUGUUCAUGGGUAUGGAAUGGAAGUACAAACUGGCAAAAGACAAAUUGAUCUAGAGCUAAAUAUAUGUGUGUUUUCUGAAUAAAGAGUUAUAUUUUGAAUCUGUUUUUACUGUAAAAUAUCUUCUGGAUCAAUUUCCAUUACUAUUGGAUUUAUUUUCUGCCAAUUACCAGGGAUGGAUUUGCUGAAUUAUAGCCUCAGUGUCAAAUCUGUUCAUGCUUUUAAUUUUGAAAAAAUAGAAAAUCUUUUUUUUUUUUCUUUGAAAUUAUCUAUGAAGAUGCUGUUCUGUGUGGGACGGGUGCAGCUAAAAGUGGUGAAAUUCUGAAUUUGAUCUCAGAUAUUUGUAGUAAUUGCAGGUGUUUAGUAAAUAAAGUCUCUGUCACUGC